UUUCAAUUUCGAAAAAAUAGGACUAAAAAGGAGAGGAUGAGAGUACAGGUGUAAAUGAGCCGAUGAAAGAAUGGCUUUCGCUGCUAAUUUGAGCCGACCACUUCUUCUCAGCGCCGCCAACCAAAUACACACCGCCGCCUUUCCCUUCCUCCUCCGCCGCUCUCCGCUCAUCCGCCACACCCGCCUCUACUCCUCAUCUCGUAAUGUGGUCGAAAUCCUCGAAGAGAGAGGCCUUCUCGAGUCCCUCACCGGCGACGCCCUCCGCCGCCAAAACCACCCUCCCCUCCGAGUCUACUGCGGAUUCGACCCCACCGCCGAGAGCCUCCACCUCGGCAACCUCUUAGCCCUAAUCGUCCUCUCCUGGUUCCUCCGCUGCGGCCACAACGCCGUCGCCCUAAUCGGCGGCGCCACCGCUCGCGUCGGAGAUCCCUCCGGCAAGAGCCUCGAGCGCCCCGAACUCGACCCGAUCUCACUCGAGAAGAACAUCUCCGCAAUUUCCGCCACCGUCACCGCCAUUUUAGGUCGCAACAACACCUCAAUUUCACCAUCGUCCACAUCUCCGAUCGCAAUUCUGAACAAUUACGACUGGUGGAAAGACGUGAAGCUGCUCGAUUUCCUGAGCGAGGUCGGCCGAUUCGCCAGAGUCGGCACGAUGAUGUCGAAAGACAGCGUACGGAAGCGGCUCGAAUCGGAUUCAGGCAUGAGCUACACCGAGUUCACAUACCAAUUACUCCAAGGCCACGAUUUCCUCCGCCUUUUCCGCGAUCAAGGCGUCAACGUUCAGAUCGGCGGCAGCGACCAAUGGGGGAACAUCACCGCCGGCACAGAUCUCAUCCGCAAAAUCCUCCAAACCGAAGGAGCGUACGGACUCACAUUCCCCCUCCUCCUCAAAAGCGACGGCAUCAAAUUCGGAAAAUCCGAAGACGGUGCAAUUUGGCUCUCCCCUUCGUUACUUUCCCCCUACCAGUUCUACCAGUACUUCUUCUCGAUUUCCGAUACAGACGUUGUCCGGUUCCUCAAAAUCUUAACCUUCCUCAGCAUCGACGAAAUUUCGCAAAUCGAGACCGAAAUGCGUGGCCCAAAUUAUGUACCGAAUUCCGCCCAGAGAAAGCUCGCAGAGGAGGUGACGCGUUUCGUCCAUGGCGAAGAAGGAUUGGAGGAAGCUAUGAAGGCCACUAUGGCAUUGAGGCCUGGUUCAGAAACGAAAUUGGAUUGGAAUAGUAUCGAGAGUAUAGCGGAGGAUGUGCCUUCGGUUUCUUUGGAGAAGGAUCGGGUUUUGAACCUAUCGCUUUUGGAUCUCUCUGUUUGUAGCGGCUUGCUCGAUAGUAAAUCGGCUGCGAGGCGAAUGCUGAAGCAAGGUGGGCUUUACUUGAACAAUAACAGAGUUGAUAGCGAGGGUAGGAGAAUCGAGAUUGACGAUAUUGUGGAUGGGAAAGUUAUUCUUUUAUCAGCCGGGAAGAAGAACAAGAUGAUUGUGAGGAUAUCUUGAUUAGCUUCUUAUGAGUUUUGAAUUUUUUUAAAGGUACGAUAUACUUUCUAUCAUCGGAAUCUGUGUUAGAUUUUUUUAUGGUGAAGAGAUAAUUCGGCUUGCCAGUGGAAAACGCAGUUCUUUCAUCACAUAAUCUUACGUUUCCCGUCAUGAAAAAAAUUGCCUAUACUUGGGUUUUUGGUGUCGA